UCCAGUCUCCAGUCGCGACUGAUAAGCAUUGCGGAGCGGUUGUGUUGGUUGGGCUCGUACUAUUGACAUAUCCCCGCGUAAAGCGUACAAUCCGUCGCGAAUGUGGUAAUUAGAUCUAACGUGAUUAAAAAGUUACCUUAGAUUGUUUUGUGUGUAACGCAUAAGUGGAUUUGUUGUGUAUUGUUAUUUAUCUCACAUUUGUAUGUGUGUGUGAAACGAGUUUUAUAUUUUUUUUUCUGUGCGCCCCACUUGGAUUUUUCUUCACCUCUGCUCUUGUGAUGGCGUAGCGUAAUGGAGGGCGAGUGCACGGAGGAGGGCUGGCUGCUGGUGCGCGUGCACGUGCCCGAGCUGAACGUGCAGAAGAGCCUGCAGUUCUCGCGCGACCAGCUCGUGUGGGACGUCAAGCAGCAGUGCCUCGCCGCCUUGCCGAAGGUGGCCGCUUGGUAUCGGGACUUGAAAGAGAGCUUCAACUAUGGCCUGUUCUGCCCCCCAGUCAACGGCAAGGCCGGCAAGUUCCUCGACGAAGAGCGGCGCCUCGGGGACUAUCCCUUCAACGGACCCAUCGGACACCUCGAGUUGAAAUACAAACGGCGGGUGUACAAGAUGCUGAAGCUAGACGACAAGACGAUGAAGGUGCUGCACUCGCGAGGAAACUUGCGGAGAUUCAUGGAACACGUGACGCACGGACAGAUCGACAAGAUCACCAAGGCGUGCGCCAAGGGACUCGACCCCAACUUCCACUGUCAAGACACUGGCGAAACACCUCUAACAGUCGCAGCUGGUCUAAAAUCUCCCUCCAAAAUUCUAAUAGCCCUUGUGAACGGCGGAGCACUCCUCGACUAUCGGACUAAAGACGGCACUACGGCGAUACACCGAGCGGUCGAAAAGAACUCCUUAGAAGCGGUCAAAACUCUAUUGGAACUUGGCGCGUCACCAAAUUACAAAGACAGCAAAGGAUUAACGCCCUUAUAUCUGUCAGUUACGAACAAAACGGACCCAUUGUUGUGUGAAACGUUGCUGCACGACCACGCGACGAUUGGCGCUACUGAUUUGCAGGGAUGGCAGGAAGUACACCAGGCGUGUCGCAACGGCCUGGUACAGCACCUGGACCACCUGCUGUUCUACGGCGCCGACAUGAACGGGCGCAACGCGUCGGGCAACACGCCGCUGCACGUGUGCGCCGUCAACGCGCAGGACUCGUGCGCGCGCCAGCUGCUCUUCCGGGGCUGCGACAAGGAGUCGCUCAACUUCGCCAACCAGACGCCCUACCAGGUUGCUGUAAUAGCUGGGAAUUUAGAAUUGGCAGAAGUGAUAAAGAAUUACAAAUCGGAAGAAGUCGUGCCGUUCCGCGGGCCGCCGCGUUACAACCCGAAGAGACGCUCGGCCGCUUGGGGAGGCUGGUGGAACGCUGGAGACCGAUCCUCCCUUGCCUCCUCGACGAGGAUCCCAGCUGAACUGGACGCCAUAUUGCGAAGGCCUCAAGGAUCAACCAACUCGCCCUGCAGCCUCGAAAGACCUUUCUCAUCAGCAUCCUCAAGUAUCAGCGACGCUUCCCACCCCAGCCACGAAGACGACGCGAGCAUCCUAACAGAUAAGAGCGCGGGCGACACUAGCGACAUCAUCUCCGACUCGUCGGGCGUGGGCACCAGCAACUCCGACACCACCACGUGCUCGCUGCAGACGGCGGCUACCGUGGUGUGCCUCACGCCGUACGAGCCGCUGCCCGCCGCCGCCGCGCACGGCCACCUCAGGCUCAACCAGGGGGACAUCAUCGAAGUAACGGGAGCGACGGACGACGGGUUCCUCGAGGGUUCGGUGCGAGGCAGCGGCGCCAGCGGGCUGUUCCCCACGCACUGCGUGCAGGAGGUGCGGCUGCGGCAGAACGCACAUCUGCACCAGGUGCUAUCAUCAGGACCCAUCCAUCAUUCGCGUGUGACUGGCAGGCGAGAAAUGGCGCUAAGUAAAACUUACAGCGCGACAGCUCCCCGGAUAAAGAAAUCAUAUGGAAACAUGGAAACUCGAACAGUAGUCCUACAUCGUGCGCGACGAGGCUUCGGCUUCGUGCUCCGCGGAGCCAAAGCGUCGUCACCGCUGAUGGAGCUGCGGCCUUCGGAGCGCUGUCCCGCGCUGCAGUACCUGGACGAUGUCGAUGCGGGGGGCGUUGCUGACCGCGCGGGACUGAAGAAAGGAGACUUCCUUAUAGCAAUCAACGGCGAGGACGUGUCGGCCGCGUCGCACGAGCACGUCGUGGAGCUCAUCCGCAGCUCCGGCGCGCUCGUCUCCAUGACCGUCGUCUCGCUGAAUAGCCACAUUAGCACAGAAAACAAUACGUGUACAGUGCCGACGAGUAAAUCCCAAAAUCAACUGUCAAGUUCAGGGCGACCGUACGCCGCGACGUUGCCUAGAAAAGCAGCCGGUGGCCGCAGCCCCGCGCCCGCGCCGCCGCGCCGCGACCCGCGCACCACCCUCAGCGUGGGCCGCGCACGGGCCAAGUCCAUGGUAGCUGGGCUAGAAAAUGGCGGUGAAAAGGAAGAAAGUUGUGAGCCUUUAAGUGUGGCUGGAAAGUCGUCAUCCGCUGAGUCGGUGCAGCUGCAUGGCGGCAGCAAUAGCGGCACGCCGCUGUCGGGCACGCCGGUGGCGCCGCGCACGGCGUCCAUCCGCGCGCGGCCGGUGUCGGGCCGCAUCACCGCCGCCGAGCUGGAGGAGCUGUUCCAGCGGCAGGCCGACGCCGACAACACGAAUAGUAGUGGCGCCAUGAUGACGCGAUCAGCUUUCCAGAGUGGCACCGGUCCCUCCCCGCCGUGCUCGCCUGCCAGACCUCCGGGAAAAGUGUACGCGUCAGUGGCUGAGAUGAAACGGAAUAGGGGGAAAUUCUGGAGCAAGUCUUCGGGCUCCCUGCGGCGGGACUUCCACUCGACGCCCGACCUGGCGGCCGAGCUGGCGGCGCACCCGCCGAGGACGCGCUCCAGUGAGGACGUGCACGGGUCACAACGCGGUCCGCCGCCCGCCGAAGCGCCGCCGCCGCCGCCCGACGCGCCCGCUUCGUCGUUCCGGCCCGCAGCCACCGCCAAGCUGUACGCGUCGCCACGAGACCUCGCCGCUGUUGCGUACCGGCCCGCCAAUAGCAACGAACACACCUUGCGCAAGGCGGGUCCGCUGCGCUCGUGGUCGGGUCCGGCGCGCGCGCACUCCGCCGACGACGCGUCGCACCAGUACGCGCAGCCCAUCAACCUGCACAAAGGAUUUGUGCGACAGAACUCGACCCCAGCGCCGCCCAUCCCCGAGCCCGACUACAGCAUGUCGGAGUCUGACGACGACACGGCGCCCAAGCCCGUGUGCGAGCCGGUGCCCGUCGCGGAGACCAGCGCCAACAGCAACACCAGCGGGAGCAGCACCGGGUCGAGUUCCAUGCAACAUUCGUUCUCCGUCGACGAGAUCCAAAAGAUCCGAACGCGUCUGAAGUCGUCCAAAUCGUGCGGGGACGAGCUGGGCGGCGUCGAGCGGGACGACGGGGACAACUCGUCGUCCGGUGUCUCGUCCGACCAGGAAGCGCAAGCGAGGCCGCCCAGGCGAGACAAGGUCUCCUUCUGCGCUUCGGUCACAGUGAAAUCUUCCAACGACGUCAUCAGUACGGAGCCGGUGCACAGCUCGUCGGAAAGUUUAGCGACGCCCCCUCCGCCGAUGCAACGACACAACUCCCUCACACGGAAAAGGGCUACGGCUGCGCUUUUGCGGGGAAGCGUAGGGAGCGCCCGGGGGAGGUCGGCGGCGGAGAGACUAGGCGUGGACAUCGACAAGGCGCCCGGGAGACGAGGUCGAGCGGCGGUGUCGCUCGUCGAGCUUCCUCCUCCCCCCGAAGAGCCCGCUCCUUUGCCCGGCGCGGAGGGGUCUGCGCCCGUGUUAGCCCCACCUCCACAAUUUAGCGACCGCGUGCGAGUUGUUGCCGCUCUGCCCAAAUUAGCCCACCUGCAAUGAGCAACCUCGCACGAAAGUCUUCAAUAGUUCUGACAUACGAAAAUUACAAGUAUAUUAUUUAUUCAUGUGAUGAUACGAUGGCCAUAAAAAGCCAUGAGUCGUCAUUAAAGUUGGAAUCUACACGACUUAUUCGUUGAAGGCAAACAGCAUAGCAAUUUGCCAUGAUUAUGUAAAGUGCAUUCUCGAAAAUACUAUGUCUCGGUGCAAGCAAAUCAAGAAGUUCAAAUGUCCAUGACCAUUGCGUACUAAUUUUUGUUCUGGUCGAAGUACUCUCGAUAUUAGGAGUGAUGCGACUGUAUCUAUUGCAUUUUGUCGAGUGUGAAAUAUUGUGUAGUGCUUUCAAAAUGAAUGUAAAUGAACUCACUAAUUUAAUGUCAUCACAUUGUAGAGUUAAGACUAAAGUGUGACUGGUUUGUAUGAAGUGACAUAGACGAAAUAGGAUAUUGAUAAUCAUAAUUGUGUAUAUUAUAUAUUCCGGAUAAAAAAUUAGUAUGAAAUGAUGAUUCUGCAUGACAUUGAUCGGGUUGUACACCUUAAGAAAGUGUCCGCGCGUAUAAGAACUGUAGAAACGAUUUAAAGCACUUGAUCACAAAACGCUGUAGAUGAUGAUGACGGAAAGAUAAGGAAAAUCGAUUUAUAGCUACAUCGAAAACUUUUACUAUGCAUAAGCACUCCUGGCACCCAAUUUCAAUAUCAAUAAAUUUUAGGGUGUCCAAUAGCAAAUAUGUAGUUGAGAUGUUAAGUAUAAAAAGAACACAUUCGAGAUCGAAGAUGCUAAAAAUAUGCACCUUUAAACACCAUUGGACCAGGAGAGCAUGUGUGUAGUUUUAAAAUAAUAUCUACAAGCUCGCAACAAUCGCACGCAAUGUUGCUAUAGAUUUAUGGAUUGACCUUGCCCGCAAAUCUACUAAAGGGGAGAGUAGAGGUAAGGAGAGCCACCUCGGAUGAGAAUGUACAGUAUAGUAAUUUUCCGCUUGUAAAUAAGUACGAGGAGUCUUAACAACCAAUCAGAAUGUCGCUAGUGUCAUACAGUUUAGGAUAUAUAACAUUAAUGUUAUUAGGAGACCCGCCUUAGAGGAUACAGUUCGACAUUUUGGAUCGUUGAUACUCGCCACCCUCCGAAAUGCACUCCAAGAGUUUAAAGGACAUAAAAUCAAUUGUUGAGAGAGUGAAGUAUGUUGGGUUAGUUAAUUAUUGAAUUAUUGAACAUUAAAGCUGAGAUAAUAUUUACACUUCAGAAUCAGAAUCGGAAUUAUUUAUUUGGCAAGGAACAUAACAUUUUAUGUUCUUACGUAUUAUGCAACAAUGUCUCACUGAGAGGUGGUUCUCCUUAUCUCUUUAUUAGAAACUUUAGUCCCUAUAGUCUAGGCUUUAUGUUUAUCGGCCUCAUAUGGUUUUUAACAAGUUUGCAGGAUUUAGGAUCUCCAAGCAUAUAAGAAACUUAACUCAUAGGAGUGAAAAUUGUGCUAUCGAGGCGAUUGCGACUAAAUCUAGCAUAGUUACGUAUAAAUCUUAGAGCGAGUAAAUAUUUGCAUACGGGAAGAUUGCAAAGAAGUUGUAUGUCGCUAUCAACGUUCGUUUUUACCAUCAAACUAAAUCUAGAUUUCUGUUACGAACAUAAACAUAAAUGCAAACAGACAGACGACGUGUUUGGCACACUGAAAAAUAUACGAGAAAUGUAAAAAACUUAACCUAACCUACCAAAAAUAGUCUAGGUUAUUUAGCACAGUUGCUUGUUUCAUACAAUAUUUCAUACAUUUCAAUAUUUUCAGGUAAGGCUAAUACUCUAAUACUACAUAUAUUGUUUUAUAUUUCUGUCUGUCGUUUACAUAUAUCGAACUAUGAUAGAAUCUGUAAAAGAAAAACCUAUUUUUACGUCAAUGACAAUUUUUACGAAAUGAAAUUUCGUAAAGUUUUGCUUGUUCAAGUCACUUUUUAUGGAAUUCUGAAUGUAAAUUACAUUUAGAAUCGAAUUCGAUAUAGUGUACCUUAAGUAAGCUAGUUCAGUUUCAUAAAUCAAAUCGCUUGAUUGGUAGUCUUCUACCUAAAAUCUAAUGAAGAAUGUGCACGCCGCCCAUUCGCUAUUCGCUACUCUUUGUUAUUUGAAUUCUAAAACGUUGAUGGCGACUGAUCUUGAAAUGUGCGUGCUUUUGCGUGAAUUGUGAGACUGUUCAUAUACAGAAAAGGACAAGUGUAGUAGCAGCACAUCUUUACAGCGUGCGAUUAUCAGAAACGCUAUUCUGUAACGAUGUUUUAACUCGACAGUGAGUUUUCUAAUUCGUAGGUAUCUCUUUGUGUAUUGUAUCGUGUUCUACUGAGAGGAGUAGAGUAGACGAGACAAUGUCGAAUUAAAAACAUCAUUUCUAAACGCUACAGUAUGCGGUUCAUGUACAGCAGAAUUGCAAUACGCAGCGACCCGGCUCGCCCCAUGCGCGUAACUUUAGCGCGAAUAAAAACACUUUUAUAAAUCAAAUGACUUAAAUGAAACCAAAGAUUUAUAGUAUUUAUUGUUGAGGAGUUAACAUUGAAUAUAGUUGAAGCUAAUUUUUAUACAUUCCCUUAUUAACUAUAGUAGUAUUAUUAUUAUAUUAUUAAUAUACAAUAUGUAUGUACUCUGAAUUUUAACGAUUGAACAUAGGAAAUGGUUACUGUUAAACAAAUGUUGGGUUUUCGCUGCAUUUAAAGACAAUAAAACAAUCAGAAAGCCAUGGCCUUGAAUAGUAAUCUAUUGAAGUUAAUAACUACUUGAAUCUUUUCCACAAUGCCUAUUACUUUCUCAAAAAGCGUCAACAUCAAGUUAUUUCGCAAGGCAUAAAAACUCAGCAUUUAUUUUCCAUUAACCACUUGUCAUAAAAAUGUUUUUAUUUCAUCUCCGAUGUGUCAAACUCUUUCCUGUUGUAAAAGAUAUUGUAUUUAUUUCCAAAUUCUAUUUUAUCCCUACCAUAUAAAACGCAACCAAGUGCCAUCGUGUCUAUGAUUUUAUAAUAUUUUUUUACAUAUUAUAUUAUAUGAUAUUUAUAUUUGUAAAUAGUUUUACGAGAGCUAUAAUUCGAAAAUGUUGAAAGAGUGGACUGCGUAAUUGCAUAUGUACACAAAAAUAUAUCCGGCCAGACAAACAUAACAAUCGAAAUUAAUAUAAUUAUAGUUGGUUAUAAUCGAAUUUUAAGAUAUGUUGAAACGGGGGAUAGUUAUAUAUGAUACAACUGUGCACAGUUUGCGCCGAAAGUUUAAUUACUACCAAUGCACAAGUGUAUCAAACUAUAUAUUUCGAUACAUUUCCAAGUAACUGUCAUAUUGAAUGAAUCGGCAUGAAAAACCAAUCGCUGAUCAGAAAUAUCUAAACAUUAAAAUAGGUAUGCCAAGUGAUAUAACAAUGGUAAGCAAGCAGCGUUACUAAGAAAUGUAUAGAAAAAUUAAAUUAUUAAUUUAUUCGUCCAUGAAUAUAUCUGUAAGUCCACUCUUUUGACGCGUAGAUAUCGGAAUUAAUGCAACUUGUGCAAGAUGCAAGCAGGCAACUUGAAUGUGUUCUCACUAAACAUAGUGCUCAUUCAAUGCUUUAGUGCGCCAUCCGUUCCAUUAUGAUGUAAAUUUAUAUAUUAGCUCUUGUCUGCCGUAACGUGGUUUCAUACAGUUGUCGGAGGAUAUUUGAAUUGCAUAUUUAUGGAUAAACAAAUAAUAUGCAUACUGAUAAAUAAGUAUAUAAAACACAUGCUAUUCACUAGCAUGUGUUUUAUAUAGUUAUCAAACUCUUGACAGCCACUCAUGUUUAAAUAAUUUAAACUAAACAACAUUAUUUGAAAUAAAAAAAAAAUAAAAACGCCUUUCCUAAAUCAUCUCAAGAUGGAUAUGAUAUAAAUAAUUAUAAAGUUAUUAUUUUUUCUUACACGUACCUACACGUAUUUGUGUAAAUUAUCUCCUGAUAUCAGAAUCCAGUUAAUCGAGUGCUGAAUUUUUUGUCAUUGGAUGUUCAUAACAUCCUAUUCAGCAUUUCAUGGAUCCUCAUAAUCGUUAUAUAUUUAUUUAUUUGAUGCUAAACUUAAAGCAUGUUAUAAAAUUUAUAAAGGGGGAGACCUUUCUAUGCUUUCAAUUUAAACUUAAUGCCUUUUAACCUUGGUGUAACUACUGAUGUCAAUAAACUAAUAAAGAGGAAAAUAUUAACUGUAUGGAAUCACGUUACAAAGAUGGACAUAAAUCUUACGAAUAUAUUUAACACCAAUAUUAAAGAUUUUAUACUCCAAUUAUUUGCAUCUCGGGUAGAUUUAGAAAGCAUGCUGCGAGUUUUCAUAGAUUUUCAUAAUAAUGAAAAGCUAUCUCCUUUUUCGCUAUGACAUUGAGGUCGUAUUUUGUGAUAUCAAGACACGUCUUUAAGAAACCAUCAUGCCUUGCAGAUUAAAGUUACGAUUUAUAUAUCAUAGCGAAUAAGGCUAGAGAAAUGGACGUGUUGACUCAAUUUUCUUCCUGAAAAUUCAUGAAACUGUCCUAGGUUAUGAGGUUGCUCUGUUUUUCUUCUUUCUCAUAGUCAAAAUAUCUUUAGACAUUGGGUACUAGAUAGCGGAUAGAUUCGCCCUUUUAUGUCUACAACAGACGCCUAAACACUUCUUAUAAAUCUACUUUAGAAGCGAUCGGUCUAAAAUGGGGUUUUUAUAGUAUAUUACAAGCAGUUAAGCUUUCUUAGCGUAGAGUAAAAACUGCCUAUCGGCCACUGAAAUUGCAGCCUAUAUAGCAGCUAUUGUAAUCUAGCACCUAUUUCAAAGAGCUAAAGUCCAUAUCGGCCUGGGUGUAUGCAAAUGCAACGUCGACUCGGUGGCGAUAGAAUUUAGGAAUUGCCUGUGGAUGGAAUUAUCGUUUACAAAAUAUUCUAGUUGAGUACACACAAGGAUGGAUAGAAUUUAUUCAUUUUUUAACUUCACUUUUGAUAACUCUUAUACAGUAUUUAAGAUUUAGAGAGAAUUUAGAGAUAAGACUGCCACAAUUGAAUGGUUUAAAAAAUUUUGUAACUUUCAUAGACUUAACGUGAGAAUUGACAUAGGGGUAACUUUAGAGGGCGUAGACGCUCCACCCUUGUGUGUGCUCGGGGUAAUCUUAGCCAAAUUCUAGAAAGUAAUAACUAGCUCGAGUCGAGUCUAUUAUCGGGUUGCAGUAGACCUACUUCUACGAAUAAGGAAAUAAUUAGGAAGCGUAAUUGUGGACAAACAUCACGAGAAAAUCUGUACCAACCUGCACACAUUGGCAAAAUGACUUGCGCAUUUAAACAAAAAACCUGAAGAAGAAAAUCAUUAUUUUAAUGCAGUAUUCUAAUAACCCUAACGGUGGAGUCAAACUCAUUUUAGUAUUAUGUGUUAUCAUUUUCAUGGUUACUAAUCUCAUAUCGCAAAUUUUCGAUUGAAGAUUCUAUUGUAUUUCUUUAUUCGUAGUGGUACCCAUAAUAUAUUAUUAGCACAAUCAAAUAAUUUAUAUUGAUUAUUAUUAUUGGUGUAUUAUUAUUAUUGAGUUAUACUCUUCUUGUCAUUAAUUUAAGUUGUAUAAAUGUAUUGUCUACUUAAGGCAUAGAUAGGUAGUGGUAAUUAUAUUAGAGCAAUAUGAUGAUUCUAGAAUAAACAACUGGAAAAAUCGAGGUAACAACUUGGCGUAACACGACUUUUUCUCUUCAGAACUUUUAUCCUUGACAAUUUUAUACUCCGGACUCCGGUAAUGGUUUGAACUGAGAAAUACACAAAUCUUUUCAAUAAUUUGACAUGUAAUGCUAUCCUUUUCACAAUUUUUAAAAUUGAGGAAGAUAGCACUAUUGACAAGAGAUUUGUGUUUAUCUAAAUUUAAACCACUAAGGAACAACGAUUACUAAUCCCGUGCUAAGUAACUUUAUAUUCUGGUGUUAUUUUCGUUUAUUUAUAAAUCCAGAUUUUUUAUAUCUUGUAAUACGAAUUCUGAAGUGUUUAUGAAGUGGUCCAUGCCAGGUUGUUUCCAUACGUUUUGUAUAAUAUAUAGGUACCUACAAAUUGUGUUUUUGUUUAAUUUGAAUCUCAGUAUUGGAAGUGUAACUACAACUUGGAAUAAUUUCAAAUGAAAAUUAAAUGUUUCAUCACUA